ACGGCGGCUGCACUAAAAAAAAAAAAAAAAAAACCAAAAACUGAAGAAAAUACUAAAAAAAAAAUCCAAACCACAGCAAAACUCUUCAACCCUCCCCACGUCGACCUGAGAGACCCUCCCAAGCCCCUCAGCCGCCCCCAGUAGCUGGGAGGAUAAAAAGCCGUUGGGGACGGCGGUUGGGGCCGUUACCUCAGCCUCAUCGCGCAGCUUCAUCGCCCCUUCCCUCCGCAGCGCCAUGCCUCUCUCUCCCCGCGCCCUGGUGCUCUUGGGGCUCCUGGGGGUCCUGCGCCGCGGCGGCGCCUCAGGUCUUCUUGAGCUCUCCUUGGGAAAAUUCAGAAAUGUGCUACUUAAUCAGACCAAUCCAGUAGAAGCCGUAAUCAGGAACAUUGCAAGCAAUGUGACUGUUGUUAUUUUUCAAGUACAUGCUCAGCAAAGCGAUGUGGUGAUAUCCUUUGAUAAGAAUCCAUCCGUGAACAGCUCAGGAACCGGAGUAGACAAAGGACUGGUUUCCGUCCUUCGGCCCCAACAGACCGUAUGUACGUGGUACCUUCGUUCACUGGUUGCCAGCCAGGUGCUCAGCACAGCUAUCUCUAUCCCCUAUAUGGAGAAAGAUCCUAUUCCUGGAGGCUGCAAUCUAGAAUUUGACUUGGAAGUGGAUCCAAAUAUUUACCUAGACUAUACAUUGGUUGAUAUACACAUCAAGUUUGCCCCUGCAAACUUGGGAUAUACCAGAGGAGCAAACCCACCAUCCUGCGAUUCAGGGACUGGCCAGAACUCCAGAUGGCGACUGCGCUAUGAAGUCUACCAGUACUUCUUACCAGAGAAUGAUCUCUCUGAAAUGGUACUCAUGAGCCACAUACGGAAGAUGUCUGAGGUGCAAAGUAUCAAAGCCAAUGGCAUUAAAAUGCUUACGUUGACAACUGAUGACAAGACCAAUGUCUACUUUUCCUCGCUUCCUGGACAAGGUGUGAUCUAUAAUGUCAUAGUAUGGGAUCCUCUGUGGAAUACUUCUGCUGCAUACAUACCUGUGCAUACAUAUGCCUGCAGCUUUGCUGAUCUAGUGGAUAACUGCUCUUCCCUCAGUAAACUCUCUACCAAAGUAUUCUUCACUGCUCUUGGUGUUCUUGGUCUUUUCACUUGCUUUUUUGGACACAGAUUCUGGAAAACAGACUUAUUCUUCAUGGGCUUCAUAUUCACAGCUUUCUUCUUCUUUGUAUUCAUUACAAGAGUAACUGGCCUUGGUUAUGAUGUGCGUCUUGUUUUGACAGCAGUAGCUGGAAUUAUUGGAGGGCUUGUCCUGGUUGCAAGCUGGUGGAGAUUUGGCUCUGUCCUACUCUGUAUGUUUAUUAUUGGACUUGUGCUGGGAUUUCUCUUUUCAUCAACAGUCUUCUUUACUCCACUGGGAGACUAUAGGGUCUUCCGUGAUGAUGUGGUGUUCUGGGUGACCUUUUCUUCUGUAGCCUUGAUGAUUCCAGUGCUUUUUGUUGGCUGUCCAAGAAUUCUGAACAUACUGGCCUCUGGAAUAGUGGGCUCCUAUGCAGUGAUCCUAGCUAUUGCUUGUUAUGUCUACACAAGUCUUGCUUACAUCACCUUAGACCUACUCAGGAGGGUCCUCAAUGAUUACUUCAGCAGAGCUUACACCAAUGUGCCUUUUCAAACAAAUGACUUCAUUAUCCUGUCAGUGUGGACAAUGCUGGCCCUCAGCGGAGUAACUGUGCAGCUUCGCCGAGAAAGAAGUGAAGUGCCCUUCCCACCACACCCCUAUCUCACCUGGAAGCGAGAAAGGGAGCGCAGAAGCACGAAUGUCUUGGAUCCUAGCCAUCAUAUCCCUCCCCUAAGAGAGAGAAUCCAUAACAAGCUACUGCAUAUCAAAGAGUUUUUUCAGAAAGAACAGCCGGCUGGUGAGAGAACUCCCUUGCUUCUGUAACGUGCCAAAUCACUGGUGGGAACAGAGAGGAAACGUCUAGGAAUGGCAAGAUGAGUGAUCACCAGCAAACCAGCCAGUGCUGCAGGAUUUACCGCUGCCAAUUUGUCCUGCUUAAGAGGAUCAUAUUUGCCCGACCUGGAAGAGGAGUUACCUCUCUGCUACACUACAUGCUGUUUUGUGACUGACUCCUCCAUGGCCCAUUCAGCCUGCUGUAAUGUGUAUGUCUAGCUGCAGAACCUUGUACUAAUGGUCAAGUGCAGGUAUUUAUCUUGCGGUGAUCUAGUUUGAUGUUUAGGUAUGUGAAGUAUAAAACUGCCCUUAUAAAGCAACCUGUACAUUGCUGGCUCUUCCCUCGCAGCAUGGAAACUACUGCUGAAAUAUUGCCUGACUUGCUCCUGGAGGUGAGCAGUCUGUCAGAUUGUGAGGGAUGAGGGAUAAGGACCAUACACAGGAAGAGUUCUAGCAGGAACUGAAAUAUCACCUUCUAACAUAGAUACAAAAUGCGUGGCAGCAGACACAGUUGUUUCCAAGAAGUAUUAUUGAACCUUGCAAGCUAGACUGAGUGACUUGAAUUUAAACUGCACUGAAUUGACUGUUGUAAGCAUGCACACUGUGGCUCAGGAAGUGGACUUGAUCUGAGAAAGAAGAUUUUUCUCCCUCGCUUUCAGAUGGUUCUGUAGCAAGCUGGUCAUCUGGUCUCUGUGCAGAGAUGACUGCUAAGAGAACACAAGAGGUUUGCCUCCUUGUUUGCUUUCUGAACAGCCUGUGUCUUAUUUCUCUUCUGGUAUAAUCUCUUUUUUGAUGGUGCUGUCACAAAAGAAAAAAACUAAAUAAGCUCUGUAGCCAACAGCAGUUUUUUUCCUGGAAUUGGUUGAAACACUAUUUUUAUUUUUAAUCAAUGUAUAUUUUAAUUUUGCCUUUAAAGGGUGAAAACAGCAUCCAGCUAGCAAAAUACAGGGCAGGAUCCUUGCUGAUUGAAUGUGUUCCUUAUCAGUUUGAAUUGCAUUUGCCCAAAGCAGAAUGCAGUAUAAAUACAGAUAAGGGACUACUCCUGUGUUCAGUGGAAGAUUGCAAUCUCGUGUGGUGGCUUUAUUCGCUUCCUUAAAAAUGAAACAAACAGCCAUUUCCAAAAUGCAGACUAGAGCAUUAUGGUUUCAGCUCACAUAAAUGCACAAGCAGUCCUGAGGCUGUCCUUGGUUUUACCUGCCCUUGCCCCCCAUACCCAAUCUUGGUCUUCACAUUCAGUGUUUACGUGGUGAUCUGUCAUGCAUUAAAUGUCGGCUGAAGCCUUGCAUCCUGUAUCUUGAUACAGGCUGUGGUGGCUCUUCCCGCUGCUUCUCACCAUCUUUGUACCUUUAGUGUGGGCAGCAAAGUGCAUAGUCCUUCCUGUCUGAAGGUAAGUGGCUGUUCUGCUACCUGCAUGGAACCACCAUAAGUGAAUGCCCUACGGGUGGAAACUUAAGUUCUUGGCCACCACUUAAAAUUCUUGGCAAUAAGUAUGUAAGAAAGAACUCUUUGUAAGGAAACUGGUGAAAGAACUUUAUCUGGGAACCUAGUUGAAGGUUAAAACAUCCUGGCAAUAGAAAAGAAUGAAUGACUUCAAAAUAUUCUACUCACUGGCCAUUUUUCUUUAAGGAGUGAAAUCUUAAUGACCUAGUAUCUGCGGUGACUGAGCUCAUCUGACAUUGAGAGACAAAUCCCAUGAUUGCUUGGAGCUGGAACAUCAGCCUCAAACAGCAGAGCAAGGCUGAAAUCCUGCAAUUUGGGUCUUGCCUCAGGGUGCUGUUGUGUGGCAUGUGGGGGUAAAUGCAGAGCUCCAGCAGGCUGCUACUCGCUGACUGCCCUUACUGCUCUGAUACUGAGCAUGUCUUUGCUGUAUUUGAUGGCAAGUAGCAAACACUUAUUUGGUAUACAAAUGCUCUUAAACAUGUUUACUUUUUUUUUUAUAACUGCUGUGAUUAACAUUGUGGGAAAAACAAGUUUAACUCUAAUUUUCUAUAUCUUUUAUAAUAAAGAUGUCUUUUGAAAUAAUA